AUGGUGGUCUUUCGUCUCUUUCAAGUUCAUCAACAUAACAACAUCAACACCAACAACAACCAUAUAAAUUCUUUUCUUUUGGCAUUUCUUCAAUUGGUUUUUCUUCUUUCUAUGAUGACAUCAAUUCUUUUAAUAACAUGCUCUAAGGGCAAAAAGAAGAAAGGGAAAGAUGCGGCAAUUGAGAAUCUAAAAGGGAAGAAGGUUAAAUCAAAAGAAGCAAUACCGCCAAAGAGUGAAAAGAAUUCACAACUUGGAAAUUUAAAUAAAAAAGACGAAAAGAAGGGAAAAGGACGAGACCAGCCAAAAUCUGAUAAGGAUACAAAACAAGCACAAAAGGUGGGUGGAAGCAAUGAAGCGUUAAGAACUGCGCAUAUGAAGUCUGGAAAGGGAUCGACACUUGGAGGGGGGAAGGGGACUAAGACAGCACAGCCAUUUGCUACAUUUAGAGGCGUUUCAACUGCCCACCGUGUAGACAAAUCGAGAGCUUCAGUCAAGGCAGCGCCUUCAGCUACUGCCAUCAUUCGAAAGGAAAUUGCUGUUGCUGGCCCAAAAUAUAAAUUUGUUGGAAAUAUUGACGACGAAAUUGCGCAAAAACCCUCUAGCGAGUUUGUGCAAGGAUUGGGACCGAAACAUGCUUACGAUCGAACAUCACAGAAAAAUAAAAUUAGGAAGCCGGGGACUGGAAAAGUUGUGGAAGUGCUUGAAAAGAAGAAUAUUCUUUAUGUAAGCGUUGAUGCGAGUAAAACAAAAUCUAUGACAAAAUAAAUAUAUAAUUGAAUUGAGAUGUAAUAAAGAUAUAAAUAAUGUAAAUUGUAGAGAUAAGUAAUUAUUGUUGUUGUUUAUUUGAUUGUAAAUAAAUAAAUAUGUACA